AACAGUUAACGUCACUUCGUUCAGAUUUCGACAAGAAAUUCCAAUAUGUUUGCAUAUCGAUAAAUAUUGUUUACUAUGAAAUUCCAAAACGUAUAUUAAAUUAAUGAGAAACAUCAGUAUUCAUAAUGUCUGAGGAAGAAACUCCAGAUAUUGAAGAACAACUUGAAAAGCUUCUGACAGAAAUACAACCAAAUUUACAAGAUGUUAUCAAAAGGAGUUUCACGAACGUUGCAAUACAACAAACAAAAAAUGGUGAACAAGCCAAAACUGAUACACUCGAAGAUACUUCGUAUUUUGCUAAGAAUACACAAGUAACAUUGUCCAGAUUAGAACUAGUCAAGUCUCCAACAUUCCACAUGCAGUCAGUGUCUCUAGAUCUCAAAUCAAUGUCGUUGUCACUGAGAUGUUCUUUGGGUGAAGUAAAUGUGCGAGGCCUGUAUAGUGCCUUUAAUGAAAACCUCUACAACCUAAUACCCGUUAUGUCAGAAGGUCAUGUUGUAAUAUCAUUGUCGAACAUGAUUGCAGAUGUGAAUGUGGGCUUGGUUCUGGAGGAUGAUGCCUUCUCGUAUAUUAACCCUGGCAUUGAAUUUAUCCAUGAUGAAGUGUUAGUAAAGCUCUCAUGGCCUUCACCUCAAAAAAGUGGUGGUUAUGAGUUCACUACAACAGAGCAAUUAGCAAAACACAUUGAUGACCUACCACUGACAGCUGCUAUAUCUUUACCAUUAUAUGCACUACUGCGGCAAAAACUACAACAUCAUCUAGCGAAAGUUCUACACCAAGCUACAAGCAUUUCUGAUGUAGUUGGCUGCAAUCCUAGCAUGCUUGAAGCAUUCAGUUCAAUGGUGAGCGAUUUGGCACAGAGCGGGAACCGAAUAGUCGACAUGAUAUUAAUCAACAUGAGAAGGACACUAUUACAGACCUGUCAGGAAGUGCUGGAAAUACCCUCAUUACAUACUACGUUUAUGCACAAGAUUGGUUCAAUAUCAUUUAUCGGCAAGUUAGAAACAGAAACAGGCUGGGUGAAGAACUUGGCGACAAUCAACCGAAUUAACGACGUUAGCGUAACGAGACCUGAUCCUAUGAAAACCAGCUUCCAUGUCACGCUCAGGAUAAAGGACUUACAGCUGGGCUAUGACGAAUACCGCAUAAAAGCGAUGGGCGUGUCGUGCGGCGGGCGGGUGGCGGCCGCGUUCAGCGACAACGCGCUGCGCCUCGCCUGCAGCGUGGGGCUCGCGCGCUGGGAGCCGUACGCGCAGCUCGACGAGCUGAGUGUGCAGCACUGCGGCGGUAUGGACGUGCACGUCACAGGGCUAGGUCCGCUGAGCGGUGCGGCACCGCUGGUCGGCACGUGGUGUCGCGGUGCGGCAACCGCGCACGCGCUCCCCGUGGUCGCCGACCAACUGCGACGUCACUUGCACACCGCGCUCGCUGACCUGCCGCUGUGGGAACUGCUGCAUGGAAAACGACCAUAGACAACAUGAUAUAAAUGAAAUUGAAUGAAGAAAUUAUAGAUAAAAAAAGAUGUGGAAAUAAAUGAAUUGAAAGUUUAUUAAAUCGUAAUAUGAAAUAAUUAGAAAUAUUUUAAUUAAUCAUUGAAGCAUUUAAUUGGUGAAUAGUUUGGAAUGCUGUUUUUGAAUGUUUGUAUAUUUUGUAUAUCUUAUAAAACUACUACUUCUUCCAAUAUUAUUUUACACAAAUGUUUACAGUCCAUUAGUUAAAUUUAUAUAGUUAUUCUUAUUUAUAUUAUUUAAGGCGCGAUCGUCAUGGUAAUGAUGUAGUAUAAAUUAUAAAUCUCAGCAUUAAAAUUCGCUCCAAAUGUUCACGAUCGCUGUUGACUCAAAUUAUUUUACACGAAAAACUAAUAUGUACAUAUUUUCAAAAUUUCGAAUUAUUUUCAUCGGAAUUC